AGAAGAUCUUCACCCUUGAAACUGUCGACAUCAUCUGCUGCCUGUGCCCGGACUCGAGAUGCUCGUUGAAAUGAAUUACUGUUACAUUCUGGACGGGAUCCUCCUCCUGUACGGACUCAUCCUGACAGUGAUGUACUGCAGACUGAGGAUUCAAACCCGAAAGAAAGAAGCCACCUGCACUCAGAAGCAGGCCCCUGAGGGAGGCAUCUAUGCGGUGAGACAUCUCUCUGUUGUCAUUAAAAAGCUCUUUAAAAAGGCUCGCGACCACCAGGGGGCAGUGUACGCCGCUCCGCAUGGGUCUGACUUCGCCUAACACCGACACGUACGAGACCAUCCGCGUGGACAAGACGCCCAUCGUGUGAAACAGCCUGCUUCAGCGCUUCUCUUCUGUCUGUUUUAUCUGUUUAUAAUGUUAGUGAGAGGAAGAAGUGCUUCAGAACGUGCUUCAGUGUUCAACAGAAGUGUGAAGUUCAAUUCCGGCCUGUGCAUCGACUUUUUAUGAUUAAAGCUCCUGUCACACAAAACUGUACUGCAGUGACAUGUUAUAAUACUGUUUUUACUGUUAAAACAUCAGGAGUUGUGUUUUGUUUCAUUCACAUGUUUGAGUCACUUUAUUAUUAGUCUGUAACAUCUACAAAGCUCAAAAUGCGACGUUCCACCUUGUGAUGUCAUCAAGUGGUCGUUUUAGUGAACAGCUCCUUUUACCUUUAGUUCAGAAGAGAUUUUUUUCAAUUCCAGAGCUGAAAUGAUCCAAAUGAUUCUAGAAAUGUGGAGUUUAAAAACACAGUGGAGCACUUCCUGUAUCACCACAUGAUGACAUCACAAGGUGGAACAGAGCGUUUUCAGUUAUAAAUCUGCAGGUUUGUGUGUUAAACAUGUGAGAAUGAAACAAAACACAACUCCAGGUCUGUGUGUGACGAGGAAACAACAUCAGAACAGACCAGAGUCAUGUGGGUCGUUCAAAAUGUAAAUGAAUCAUUUUCAGUUUUUUUUUCAUUCACUUUGAUGAUUUGGACCCAGAUGAACACGUCACCUUUUGCUGCAAACGUAUUUUUUCAGACUAACAUCGAUUGUGCCACUAAUAUUUUAUCUUUAGUUUAAUUUGUGGAGGUUUCUUCAUGUUUUCUCGUGUUUUGAAGCCAGUGCAAUGUAAGAAGCACUAAAUGAAUGCAUGUAGUUAUAAAUAAAAGCUUGGGGCAAAUGG